AUGCAGCUUUAUGGAGUCGCAACUGCCGGGGAUCCGGCGCUGCUGUUCUCUCGGCUCGUCAUCGCACGAGGACACAUUCUUGCGGCCGUUUUUGAGGGCCACAUCUCGCCUUCUGCAGCCGAAUACUGCCGCAGCCACUGUUGGGAAGCGUUCGUGCAAGCAACCGCGAGCCGUCAGCAGACCCCCGCGGCAGCGACGUCCCGCCCAGUCCCCAGUUCCUGUGUCCUUGCUGCCUUCUCCUUCUCUUGCGGCUUCACCCUCCACCCACCGCACGGUGCCCUCCGCGCUCUGGACCGGGGCUUCCUCACCUGCUCCAAGCAUUCCCUGGAGUCCCGCCUCUCCAGCGGCUGCAGUGCCACGCUCCUCCACAUCGACCUAGCCACCCGCACCGUCACCACAGCCUCCGUGGGUGCACACGGGGCUGUAGGCCUGGGCAGUAGCACUAGCACUAGCAGCGGUGGCGUUCCGGGGGUAGGCCGCAGCACAGAUGGUGGCGGUGGUGGAGCUGCCGUCACGGUGGCGGCUGAUGCGCCAGCAGCAACAGCAUCAGCAGGGCGGCGGGGAGCCCUGGGAUUCGGCUGCGCCAAGGACCUCCCGGUGCUGGUGGCGGCCUAUGAAAACGCGGCGAACGCGGCAGCGGCGGCAGCGGCGGCAACGGCGGCGGCGGCGGCAGCCCAUGUACACGCCCAGCCUGCGGGCCGCUUCGGCGCCGCCAGCCGCCACCUGCACUGCGGUUGCGAAGUGCGGGUGAGCUCUCGGCCGCUGGCGGCAGGGGACGAGUGCCUGGUGUUGUUGGCGGGUUGCGGCGGGGCUGGCGGCCGUACUGCCAGCGGUGGUCUCGGGGCGCGAGCUGGCGGGAGGGGCAGCAGCGGAGCCGGAGGCGUCGUCGCCGCCGCCGCCGCCGCCAGCAUGAACAGCGGUGCAGGCGGCGAAAGUAACGGCGGCGGCAAUGCCUCGGCCGCACGCAGCGGCGGCGCCGUCGCUAGCGGCGCAACUGGCAGCGGUGCGAUUAGCAGCGGCGGCGCCAGUGGCGGCUUGAUUGGCUCCUCUGCAUUAUUGCCGCUGCCGCUCCCCUGCGCGUGGGCCCCCGCGGGGGCUCUCAGCGCCGCCGACGCCGUAUCUCUCGCGCACGAGCUAGCGGCGGCGGCGGCGGCGUGGCCCCCAGCGGUGAAGGAAGGCGGUCGUGGUGCCAGCAAUGUUGGUGGUGCUACAGCUGCUAACUCUGCAGCGUCAGUGGCGGCGGUACGGCUCUGGGGCCCCGCCAUGGACGACCGCUUCGGAGUCCUGUACGACAGCUACGACGCUGAGGCGACGGCAGUAGCUACCGCCACGCCGACGCCGACGGCGGUCAAUGACUCGUCAGUUGGUGAUCGGAGCGCCAUGGCGGUUGCGUCGUACGCUGUGACUGCAGCGCUCCGAAACCGGGGGGGAUUGGGCGGUCUUGUUCGAGGCAUGGGAGCUUCGGCUCCUCCCGCCACGCCAGCGAGUCUCUCCGCCGCUUGCAUCACGAUCUGGCUGGAUUGGGGGAUAGCGGCGCCGGAAGGGGCCGCUGCCGCUGGCGGCGCCGUCGCCCGUCCGGCCACAUCCAGGAUUGAAAUGCGGCCACCGCCGCCGCCACAGCAACUACCGCGUGCCGCUGCUCGUUGGGACCUCCUUCGCGCUUACUGCCGCUUCGUGGUGGCGAGGCGGCGGCGGAUCAUUGCCAUGUGGCAUGCGCUGGCGGCGGCGGUGGCGGCGGCGGCGCCGCAGCGGCCGUCGCCGUCAGCAGCCGCGCCGUCGCCGCUGGCGCAACAGAUUGCGUCUGUGCUGUCUCUAGGAGCCGGCGGAGCGGGGCAAGCCAGCUUCGAGUCAUGUACGGGUGGUGGUACGGCAACGGUGAUGAAUCGUACCGCGUCGUUUACCUCUCGCCCUCCGGUCAUGAUGGAGUUUGUGGAGGAGUUGCCGACACCGGCGUCGUCGGGGGCCGUCGUCGGUCGUCAUGAUCCUUACGGGGGCAGCGUCAUGGCGGCGGCGUCUGCCGUCACUGCGACGGCGGCGGCGUCUGCCUCCGCGGCCAUCGGCAGCAGCAUGGCCACCGCCGCAGCCAACGCUGCUGCAGCCACUCUCGAUGAAUCUCACACUCACUCGGCUUCCGCCGCCGCGCCGUACGGUAUCAGCGGCCUCGUCAUGGCGCCCAUGGGUAGUACGGAGGACAUGGACGUUGCCGACGGCGACGGCGACGCCGGCGGCUUUUCCGUCGAGGCCUCUACAGCGCAGCCGCCGCCGCCGCCGCCGCUGCUCUCCCAGCGAAGCUUCGUGAUGCCGUAUCCGCUCGGCAAUCGCUCCGUUAUGGCCGCGUUGAGCUUGCGGCCUAGCCAAUCCAUGUCGGACUUGAAUAACCUGGAAGCUAAAGCACGAGCUCAGAGCAUUAACCCUCGUGAGCCUAGCGUGUCUAGGCACGGCAGCGACGGCGGCGCCGCCGCCGCCGUCGCCGCCGCCACCACAAAUGAGUCGACCUCGUGUACCGACCUGGCGGCGCCACACGAGGCGGAAGCGCACUUGCCGUACCACAGGUACUACAGUAACCAGAUGUCGACGUCGUCCGCAGCGUCCACCGCUGGCUUCGGCGCUGGCGCUGGCGGCGGCGGCGGCGGCGGCGCGUCCGGCUCCCAUUUCGACUGGUCACUGGUGAUGACCUCAGUACAACAGAGUUCCGAUUCGCGGUACGAAAACUCGGCGGGGCAUACGCCCAUCCCGUCUACCGCCGCGAACCGAUUCGCCUCAUCUUUAGGUUAUGGCCACGACGGCGUGGCGGCGGCGGCGGCGUCGCACCAGAUGACGUUUGGCGGCGGCGGCGCCGUCGCCGGCGGGCGCAGCCCGGCGGGCGAGUCCCACGCCGUCGUCGGGUCGGGGGGGUACCUAGCCAUCCCUGGCGGCGGCGGCGGCGGCGGCGCCAAUACCCGUCUGCGCCAGAAGUCCUCGGCGCCGCCACCGGGGUCUGUCUCAUUCUCAUCGUACGUCAGUCGUGACGCCCUGAGUGCGGCGUCAGUGGCGGCGGUGGCACCGCCGCCGUCGGUUCGUACGAGCAGCCGCAGCGACUCCGUCGGGAGUGGCGGCCCCAGCGUGGGUCGCGUUGGAGUGGGUUCCCUCCUCCUCCCGAGCUCCUCAGGCUGCUCACUGGACGUGCAACCAACGCCAGGUAUCGUUAUCGGCCGUCGUUCCGCCGGCGACUCUGACGGCGACGACUCAACCUCCCCCGCCGCGGCCGCCAGUGCCGGAGACGCUGAGACGGAAACCGAGCUCAUAAGUGAGGAUCUCCCGCAGUUGCGAAUCGAAUCGACCGCCGAGUUGGCGGCGCUCAUGGCGGAGAUCAUCAUUACGGAUGACGGAGAGGUGGUGCGCGGCGCCGGCGGCGCCGCCAUGCCGCCGCCGUACAACAGCCGCAGCCACGGCCUGCACGUUGGCGGUCUCCACUCACAUAAAGGCAGUCGGUCGCUUAGUCGACAGGGGAGCCGGGGCUGGCAGCCGCGACUUGCGAUCGUACGGGAGGACGCCCGGGAGGCCAACACCAGCACGAGCUGCAGUCAAUUGCUGUUGGCGGAGGGAGUUCGCUUCACUGCCAUUUCCGAGGAGCGGGGCAGCAGCACCUCCCAGCGGGGCCGGCAGCGGCGUCCGCUGGCGCUACAAGAGCUUCAUGCACCCCUUCUGGAGCAGCAGCGGGGGCGGCAGCAGCAGCGGCCGUGUGAUGCGGAUUGGCUUCGGACGACCCCGUCUGCGACGACGGUGAUUGACGCUGGCGUUACGGCAUUCACGACAGUUGCGGCCACGGAUGUCGGCGUCGGCGUCGACGGCGAGGGCGCGUCAUCGCGGAAUCCGUUGCCACUGCGCCAGGAGCAGGAACGGGUUGCAGUUACGGCGGCGGCGGCGGCGGCGGCAGCGAGCUCCGCCGACGUAGCGACUCGUACAACCACGAAGCUGCCACUCUCAGCGGCGGCGGCGCCGCCGCCGCCGCUCCCGUCGGAGCUUCCCAGUACUGGACUUGCGGACGUUCUGGAUGACCUUCGUCCCUCCUUGGAGAGCCACGGCCUGACGGAGAAGGACGCCGCCGCCGCCCCCUCCCGUACAGACGUUGCUGCGGGAGCGGUGGCUAGCUUGCUGCGCAUCACGACAUCACCUUCGGUUGCACGGUACCGCGACGUUCAGUACACCAGAGAGCCUGCCGUACCAGUCGCAGCGGCGGCGGUGGCGGCGGCUGCAGUAGAGCGUAUUUCAACUCCGACUUCCGUUCUCGGACCCCAUUGGUCGAUUAAUGAGCUGGCUACAGGUGAUGGUUUCGGAGAAGACGUGGAUUGUGCCGUACGCGAUACAGGCGCCGCCGCUGUCGCCGGCGGCGGGUGGCAGCGUCAAUCGCCCUAUCAGCUACGGUCGUACAGGACCGCAGCGGCGGCGACGAGGUCUGAUGCCACUGCCGCCGCCGCCGCCGCGGCCGCCGCCGCGCUCUCUGCCCUGGAGUCCUUCCAUGAAGCCGCUUCGGCUGGCGGCUAUCCCGACGACGCCGACGCGGCGGCGGCCUUCCAGUCCGCGACGUUUCAAAUGGUGGGUCGAGCCCGUAGCGCGUCCGUUAGUCGUUCCGCAGGUCUUUCCAACCACCGCAACCACCACCAAAGCAGCUUUCCAUUUCAGUCCUUGCAUCAUGUCCAGCAUCGCCAGCGUCAACACAGCGCAUGCCAGUACACCAGCGUCGACGCCGCUAGUGCCGACGGCGACGGCGACGACGACGGCGGUGACGAUGUUCCAGUUUCGUGUCAAACCACCGCUCCCCAGCUUCCCGUCCUCGGACCCCCGUCGGGCGAUGAGCAUCACUCCAUCCCAAGCCAUCCCGCCGCCGCUCGCCGUACACGUCGCUUGUACGGCCUGUCGGAAGCAGUGCCGCCGCUGUCGGCGGGCUCUGCUGCGCGGUCGUGCUGUUCCGCGGCGGCAGCGACAGCGUCGGCAACCACAGCUGCAGCGGCGGCGUACGACACCAGCGGCGCCGCUGCGAAUACGGUCACCACGAUUGACCGGUCGUGGUCUAUGGGUAGCGGCAGCGGCCCGUUGUACAGCUUGCUGCAGUCCACGUUGUCCAAGGGAUCUAUCACCGCCGCCACCACAUCGACGGCGAUUCCGACGCCGGCCUGCGACUCAGCCCAAUGUUCCGGAACUCGAUUGCCGAUUGUUCGCCCGCUGUCGCCGCCGCCGCUGUCGCCGCUGCAGGCCUCGUCGGCAGCGGCGCCGCUGUCUUCACCGCAAUCGCCGGCGUCAGCGGGUGCCGCUGCGAGUAGUACGGCAGGACCAUCGCGCGUCGGCGUGCCUUGCACACAGCCUGAGUCCGGCGGCGGCGGCGGCGGCGGUCACAGCCGACGGCCAAGCCUCCUUCUCGCCGCCGAUACCGACGCCGACGCCGUCGUGGUGUCGUCUUCCGCGGCGGCGGUGGCCGGAUUGCUGCCGUCACUCCCCGCGGAUUGUGCGUCGAGCUCCAGACUGGAGGGGUCGGCGUCCUUCUCCGUGACGUUGCAUGCCCCACGAUUUUCGGACUGGGAGCCUCAAGGGGCUGGCGCUGCCGCCAUUGCCUCCGGCGUCAGCGUCGGCAUCGGCGUCAACUCCAGCGGCAGCGUAGCUACUGUUACCGCGUCCCCGGUUCCUGGGUUUGGCUUCCGCAUCGACAUCCCGCCCGCCACGGCGGCGGCAGCUGGCGGCGGCGGAACGCAGUCCGCCGCGUUGAUGAGAACAUUUGGAGGCGUAAUGUACGGCACGUACGGCGCCAUUGCAGGGCCGUCCAAUAACGCCAUCGGCGAGGCAGCGAGUGCGUACGACGACGGCGCCGUCACGAACCGCUCCAGUAACAUCUCUCGUUCCGACGCAAGCGUGUGGAAUAGUACGAGCGCUUGGACGACAAGUACGGGCCGUACGACGGACACGAUGAUGAGUAAUCGGCGGGUGCUAGCCAGCAAUGGCGGCGUCGGGGGUGGCAGCAGCUGCUUGAUGCUACCGCCGGGGAUAGCCGUCGGCGGCGGCGGCUACGGCCUGGGUGCCGUCGGCGGCGGCGGCGGCGACACUAGCGGCUUGUUAGCAUAUAACGCGGCUUACAGUAGCAUCAGCGGCUUAGUGAUGACUGCAGAUGCAGGCGCGCCGGGGUCUAACACGCAGCUGCUGGUGCAGAUGGCGGCGCCGGGGACGUUUUGCUUCGGCAACGGCGGCGGCGCCGCCAACGGUCAGAACAGCAGCCAGUUGUUCCCUAGUUCCCGUCAGUUGGGGAUGUUCCCAGCGCCCAACGGCGGCGGCGGAGCUGGCGGCGGCGGCGAGAGCUUUGCAUAUACGGCUGGACAGACGACUGCGGCUAUGUGUGCUCAGGUGACACACACACAGCUUAUUACCAACAGCACCAUCAUCAACACCAGCACCAGUCGAGCGCUUUUGGAAACCCGCGGGGCGCAAUGGAACGACCCUGAGUUGAUUGGCGGAGCUGCAUCUGAUGAGGCUGCUGUGGUGCUUUACAGCUGA